CACAGGAUGCCACUCGGUGUGAUUAACUCGUCAUGACUGAUGCUGCCGUUUAUAUGAAAUCCCCGUUGAACCGCAGGCUACACCGCACGGCUGUCAUGGUUAUUUUUAAGAAUCUCUCCAGAAACAUUCUCCUCUAAUUCAACUCACACACGCGAGCCUCUCCGCGCGCCGAGGCUCGCGACCAGCUGUGCGACGCCGCGCUGCCUCCCGGUUGAGCGGCGGCAGGACGAUGGCACUGCGUUGGACAAUCUCUCUGUAUUUGUCCUCGGUGGUCUAUUAAAGGUUUUAAUUAGCUGAUAACACACGUUUGACAUUUACGACGGACUGAUGUGGGAGCGACGACAAAACGCACCGCUGUGAUUAUGGAAAAGCAGCCCAGGUUUGAAUACCUCUGAUCAUAUCGGCUCCACGGCCAGCCAGGUGGCCAAUCAGGUGAUAGCCAGGCUCACUGAGGAGGGAGACCAACAGUGAGACUGGAAGACCCUCUUACCUCACCCACACCGCUUCACCCAUCCCACUCCAUCGUCACCACCAUGUCUAUACCCAGCAGCAGCCCAGAGAGAGAGGGCUCCAGUGGGGCUCCCCCUCAGCUAGAGUGCCCUUCUUCCCCUCCCGGCAUGGACCCAGACCCCCCAUCAACGGGCAGCCCAGUGCUCAGCCCAGACUCAUCUUCCCAUGAUGCAGUGCUGUCAGCGCCGGCAGCCUCCCCGGCAGACUCGGAGAACUUGAGUCCUGACGAACUGGAGCUGCUGGCCAAACUGGAGGAGCAGAACAGGCUGCUGGAGGCCGAUUCCAAGUCCAUGCGGUCGAUGAGCGGCUCGCGGCGCAACAGCGGCUCCUCGCUGGUGUCCAGCUCCUCGGCCUCCUCCAACCUGUCUCACCUGGAGGAGGACACCUGGAUCCUGUGGGGCCGCAUCGUCAAUGAGUGGGAAGAGUGGAGACGCAAGAAGGACAAACUCCUGAAGGAGUUGAUCAGGAAGGGCAUCCCUCACCAUUUCCGGGCCAUCGUCUGGCAGCUGCUGGGCAACGCCACCGACAUGCCGGUGAAAAACCAGUACUCCGAGCUGCUGAAGAUGUCGUCCCCGUGCGAGAAGCUCAUCCGCAGAGACAUUGCCCGCACCUACCCCGAGCACGAGUUCUUCAAAGGCCAGGACAGCCUGGGGCAGGAGGUCCUCUUCAACGUCAUGAAGGCAUACUCUCUGGUGGAUCGAGAGGUGGGCUACUGCCAAGGCAGCGCAUUCAUCGUUGGUCUGCUGCUCAUGCAGAUGCCCGAGGAGGAGGCGUUUUGUGUUUUUGUGCGUCUGAUGCAGGAGUACCGUCUGAGGGAACUGUUCAAACCCAGCAUGGCCGAGCUGGGCCUCUGCAUCUACCAGUUCGAGUAUCUGCUACAGGAGCAACUUCCAGAGCUGAACGUCCAUUUUCGAUCUCAGAGUUUCCACACAUCCAUGUAUGCCUCGUCCUGGUUCCUCACCCUUUUCCUCACCUUCCUCCCCCUGCCUGUCGCCACGCGCAUCUUCGACAUCUUCAUGUAUGAGGGCCUAGAGAUUAUCUUCCGCGUGGGCCUGGCCAUCCUGCAGUACAACCAGACUGACCUCAUUCAGCUGGACAUGGAGGGUAUGUCGCAGCAUUUUCAGAAGGUGAUCCCCCACCAGUUUGACAGCUGCACAGACAAGCUGAUCCUCAGGGCCUACCAGGUCAAGUACAACCCCAAGAGGAUGAAGAAACUUGAGAAAGAAUAUACCACAAUCAAGAACAAAGAAAUGGAGGAACAAAUUGAGAUCAAGAGGUUACGCACAGAAAAUAGGCUGCUGAAGCAGAGGAUUGAGACUCUGGAGAAGGAGAGUGCCGCUCUGGCAGACAGGCUGAUACAGGGUCAGGUGACGAGGGCGCAGGAAGCAGAGGAGAACUACGUGAUCAAGCGGGAGCUGGCGGUGGUGAGGCAGCAGUGCAACACAGCCAGCGAGAGCCUGGAGAAAGCGCAGGACACCAUCAGAGAGCUGCAGCAACAGAAGUACACGGAGCAGUUUGUGAACAAUCUGCAGACCGAGCUGGAGCAGUCCAGGCUGCGCGAGGCCGAACUGCAGGGAGCGCUGAAGGAAAUGCAAGACAAAGUCCUGGACCUGGAGAAGAGAAGCACGUGUCUGCCCGAUGAGAACAACAUAGCGGCUCUGCAGGAGGAGGUGAAGCAGAUGAAGCUGAGGGAGCUGGAGACGCUGCGCUCGUUCAAAGAGAUGCAGGACGCCGUCACUGAGCUCAACCAGCGCUGGCAGCACCACAUGUCCCGCGGCAGCAGCACGGGUAGCGGGGGCGGCCACUGGAAGGAGUCCCCGAAGAAGAACGCCAUGAACGAGCUGCAGGACAAACUGAUGACGGUCCGCCUGAGGGAAGCCCAGGCUCAGGCUGAGCUCCGAGAGGUCAAACUCAAAGCUCUGCAGCUGGAGAGCCAGAACCAGAUCCACAGCAAGCUGAUUGGUCGCAACGACCAGGAACGCUCCGCCCUGCAGGACCGGCUCCAGAUGCUGGCCAAUCAGAACAAAGCUCUCCAGGCCCAGCUCAACGAGAUGAAAAGGAAGCAGGCCGAGUCCGACUGCAAGAGCAAAGAGGAGGUGAUGGCGGUGCGACUGAGGGAAGCAGACAGUAUGGCUGCCAUGGCUGAACUCAGGCAGAAGAUUGCUGAUCUUGAGAUACAGAAGGAGGAAGGGCUGAUCCAGGGCCAGCUGAACCACUCAGAUUCCAGACAGUACAUAAACGAGCUGCGGGACCAGAUUUCUGAGCUCAAGAACGAGAUCAGGCAGCUGCGAGGGCAGAAGGCGGCCCCCAGCUCCAGGCUCGGCAGCGGAGGAGGAAGUACCAACUACCAGGAUCUGUGUCUGGCCAGCCCCGCCUCCGCUGAGGGAGACUAUCUGAGCUCAGACGAGGACCUCCUCCCCAGCCCGCUGCCUCCAAACGCCCUUUACCCCAGCCUGUCCGGCCCGUGUCACCCGUCUGCCCGCCUCGACAGCGAGGGCAGCACGGACAGUGAGGCAGAGGAGCGGGCUCUGACACAUCCGGACCCACAGCAGCUGUACGGCGGCAUGGUGUGCGCCGAGGCGCUGGACAACUGAGACCCGGAGAAGGGGGCGUGAGGGUUUCAUUGGAUUUGUUUGAGCUAAAGAGACGCUGGAGCUCUUCAGGACGGGUCUGCUACUGUAAACUGGGGCUGUAUCAUCCAAUCCAGUCCUCUUCUUUUCCAGUGUUUACCUUUUAACUUGAUGCACACAUAGCGGCAUUGAUUGGACCCCUUCUGAUCAUCACCACUCAUGUUGUCUCUCCGCUCCUGUUACCGUCUCCUCCACCUUGUUCCCCCACGCUGUCCCGUCCUGUGUUCCCCGACCAAGAGGUAACGUAAAGCCUCGCUCCUUGUUCCCUCGUGUAACUGCGCCAGAAACCAUCCGAACACAAAGAUAUGACACGCAAACCAAACAAAAAGGACUGACACUGGACCAGCAAGAUUCUUGUUGCCUCUCGUUACUCUACAUCUACCACGGGACCUGCUCCUGCGACCGUGACAUGGAGGGAAACCUGGGUAGACAGAAAAUAACUCUCCCUAAAAACUGAGUGACAGACACUUGACACACUGUAUGCUCUGUCUACCCUGAUACGACUCUCCUUCCUUCAGAGUUAAAUAUCCUCUCUUUUCCCUUUCUAAGCUCUCAUUAGGAAGAAACGCACAAAAAAGAAACGACUUAUAUCAGCCAUCCAUUUACCUCUCAGUAGUGUUUAAAAGAAAACAGGAGGUGAGUAUGAGAAGAGAAGAGAGGUGCAGUGUAGGAAUAUGUACCCAUCAAACUGUAGGGAUAUCACAAGAUGGCAUUCAUUAUUGUACUUAACAUACUAAAUAUGUGUGACGCCAAGCGAGUUAAUGCAACAGUUCAUGUUAAAAAAGCAUGUUCACCAUAACCCAGAGAACGAGGAAGGAAUAAACUCGAUGUUGCCAAAUCUUUUUUUUUUUUUUUUUCUUUUUUUUUCUUAUUUAUAUGUUGUAAUUUAUUUUGAUAUUUUUUAAUAUAUUUUAUAUAUCUAUAUGAAACUAUAGGAGUGUAGAGAUACCGACAGAGGCCAAACUUUCUACACCGUCCUUUGUGCCAACUAGUCGUCUGUUACAGGUUUAUUACUGUGACACCCCCGAGUGUUUCAGAGAUGGAAAUGUGCUGCUAUGAUUUUGGAUUUACUUCUCCUAUUUUUUUUCUUUCUGUUGUUGUUUUUGUUUUUGUUGUAAUCUUUGUGAGGUGAACAUGCAACCUCCAUGUUUGACCUGAUUCCUCCCUGGAGGUUCUCAACAUUCAGCAAAGAUGGGAAACAAUGUUCUUCCAAACCGAGCAUGAUCAUUGUUUACGUUCGAGUUAGAGGAACAGUUUGACAUUUCAGGACAUUCAUUUGCUUUCCUGCUGAGAAUUACAUGAGAAGAUCGAGACUUUUCUCCUGUCUGUCUGUUAAAUAUGAAGCUGAAGCCAGGAGAUAGUUAGCGUAGCGUAGCCACGCACAGUGACUUUCUGUGUCAAGUCACAAAAAAUCCAGCACGUAAAACGUACACAAUUCUUUGAGUAACUGCAUUGUAGCCACGAGUGGUAUAAUGGUACAUGCUAAAGUUUCAUUAGCACAAGUAGAAAAAAGGAUAAUAGUCUAAUGUCGAUUACAACUGCAAAUGCAAUGCAAUUUCUACCUUAGGUUCGCUAAAAUUAGCUUAGCAUUAUAAGCUACUGGGCAUACGAGACCAAGUGAGGCUGAAGCAGCUUGUAAAAAAAGUAAUGCACUGUUAUUUGUAUGUAAUGUAAUUCAUUUUAAUGUAGUUCACGUAAACGGGAACCAGGACAGGUGACGUGGUAUCAAGAGCGAGGAGGUCAGGGUCCAUGUCCAAGAAGACCGAACCUUCCGCCCCCCCCCCCCCCCCUGUUCGUGCCCCGUGUGAAAACCAGAAGUCAGCGGUUAUUUACUUGACAUGUAACUUCUGUACUUUAGCAACGCCAAUACCGUGUAGGUACUUUAACCCAAACCACGAUCUUUGUUUCCUGUGAAGACCGAAGUUUAGAUUGAAAAGACAGUAUGCAUGUAACGAGCUAAACAAAUGAGCUCGUUACAUGCUGGACAUUUCGUAGGAGAAUGUGGGAAAAAUGAGGAAUGACUUUUCGUAAGAUAUCAUACGAACCGUUGGAUGAGGAUACGUUCAUUCAUUAUUGCUCAAGAUUUAACCUUUGGACGUAGCCAGGCUAGCCGUUUCCCCUCGUUUCCGGUCGUUGUGCUAAGCUAAGAAAACCGUCUCCUGGCAGUAGCUUCGUAUUUAACAGACGGACACGAGGGGUGGUGUCAGUCCUCUCAGUGUAGUUCCCAAAAUGUCAAACAGUUCCUUUUAAUUGUCAGUCCCAUACACGCCAAAAGAAACCCAGGUAACGGCGCUGAUCUGGAAUCCCCAGUUCAUGUGUUCAUAUCACUUUUUGACAGCUAAAACUUGCAGCAUGUGGCCCAAUGAAAGUGGAGGGAGAGGUUCAUAUCCUAAGGAUGCCAACAGAGAGUGUGUGGGUGGAAAAUAUUUUACAUAUCAGACAAUAAUAUAUGCUGUGUAGAGAAAAAGAGGGUGUAAAAUGUAUGACGAGAUAUGAAAUAUACAAAGUAACUGGAGCAAAGAGUAUAUGGAUAAGAUUUAAAGCUGUAUCACUGUCAGUCAAGUCAUGCUGAAAGCCGGUGAGUGUGUAUAGUUUUAUCAAACAGGGUGUCACAUGGAGAGCAGCAAUCUGCUUUUUGCACUACAGAGAAAGUGUCUGCUCAUGACUUUCAGCAGUGAGAGAUGGUGUGGAUGAAUGGAUUCGAGGAGGGAUCAUUUCUUAUUAUUGUCCGCUCUUCACCUUGAAGUUAUCGGAGCUCCAAGAUUAUCCGUCCCGACUUUGUGAUGGGCUUCGUUAUUCUACGGACUGAUGUUGUAGGACUUUGUCUAAAUUCUCUAAAGGCCCAAUUUCAUUUCUAAUGCCGUUGUGCAAUACAAUCGAAGGAAUGGCGAGAAGUAUUGCUGUCCUCUGAGAAAUAAGGAAAUUGGAUCUUCCAGCGAUGGCCAUCGAAGAGCUAAAGAGGAUGUUGGUGUGCCCACCAUACUGUUGCAAAUAACAGCCUUUUAGUGGUCAUUGGUGGGUGUAGCAACUGGGAUCUCCACACAGUGUUUGGAUAUUGUCUGACCAAAUGAGCGUUGGUUUCAGUUGAGUUCCUUCUAAUUCUGCCAUUAAGACCAUUCUGUCGUAUUUAUCUAUUUGAUGCAUUUACUUUGCCUUUCUGCGCUGUAGUUCUCAUCGUUAACAGAGAGUCUUUCCCUUGAGGGAUUCAAAGGAUUGACAAGAAAAAGAGUGAUGUAAUGCGCAAAGGCAUCGUCGGACCAUGAGUCGGAAAACAUUGUUGACUGUGUUCUUUACGGUGCCGGUGGCUUUAACCGUCGCCAGAUGCACCACGACUGAAAUCUUAAGGAUUGUAACUUUUCAGUUUGGAUUUCAGUUAAACAAUUAAAAUGCAUAAAGUAAGUAAGAAGGACUGAGCAUCCCAAAAUGAACCCCAAUCUGGAUUCCUUCAACAACACAUCUGUACACGGUUCCUCAACACAUCUGUACACUGCUGUUCAGUGACGGUGCUCUGUUCUCACCACUGGCUAAAUACAACGAAAUCUACUCUGACGAAACACUUUGAUAUGUUUUGUAAAUUACUUUUGAAUAUGGUACUAGCUCUCAUCAUUAACAUUAUUUUGUUAUAAUUGCCAUCAGUACUUUGGUUCCUCCUGCUAACAGCAUUACAUGAGAUGAUAAAGAUUAAACAUCGUAUAACGUGCCAUAAAGGUAGGUAGGUUUACACGCUAUGCUAAACAACUUCAUGCGUGUUUAACGGGGGUUUCAGCGGCGAGUCAGCCACCGCCGCCCGUCAUUAAACCAGCCAUGUGAUGUAAAGUGUGGACUGAACAGAUCGCACUGUGUUGCUCCAGAUGUAUCAUCUUCAAAUCUUGAAACUGGAACGUCCACGCGUUUCCCCCCAAUAUGAAAGCGGGAAAUAAGACAAUGCCGUGCAAAACAGUGUGCGUCACAUGUGAGUUCUUCCUGGUUAGUCUGGUGUUUAAUUUUUCAGAUUCAUGUUGCCAUUUGUGACGGCUGUUUGAUGUCCGCAGCAUCGUACCCAGGAACAAUGCCCACCCUCUCUCUCUUUCUGUCUUGCAAUUCAACUGAUGUUAUCAAAUAUAUGAAAUGACGGUAAAGAUUAUAUAAGUUCCAGUAUGAUAGGGGGGGGGGGGGGGGAAUACAUUUCAGUGUUCUGUAUCCUAAUGAAUGAUACAAAAUAAACUUUGACAAUGCACCUUUGAAAAA